GGUGAGAGGUCCUUACUCAUUUCGUUUCGAGGUCGUUACAAAAAAUAUCAGAAAGAAUUAUUAAAAAUAACUGUGUGCGGCGGCUACUGCCAUAGAUCUCGCUAGGACCUUCUUAUAUUUAAUCGGAGACACGCUCAGAGAGUUCGGGGACGAAAUAGUACGAGUCAGUUCCCAAGAAAAGUGAAUGACACCAUGGUUCGGAUUAUAGAAAUAUAACGUGGACGGAACUGUUUUUCUCUCGGGAAGAAAGGGAGAGUACAGAAUAGUUGCCGGAGACUCUAUGGGGUGUGUGUUGUUCGCCUUCUCCGGAAUAUUAUGGGGCUGCGAAUCUCUCUAUCUUUGUCGAACUCUUGAAAAUGUCAGGCCGCACUGAAAUAUAUCAACGUGUUAAAAGCGGGAUGCACGGCGAGUACAAAGAACCUCAUCAAUGGAGACUAUUAUUUUAAAAAAGUAAAUAAAUCACGUGCCCUUUUAUCAAAUAAAUAAAUAAAUAAAAUUACCUUUCCCUAUAUAGCGUUGAUUGUCCGCUCUGCUCCGGAGUUCAAAAUCUCAGUCCCAGCGGCGGUAAUCAUGUCCGUUUUACUUCUCCGCUUGUUGUUCGCCGUCACCGGCGUUUUCCACAUUGUCGGAGCCGGAGCAGAAGGACGGAUCGAGACUGAUUCGUUUCGAAUCGACACCGGAGGGAUGAGUCGCGACAGCUUCCCCGAAGGUUUCGUGUUCGGAACUGCGACCUCGGCGUAUCAGGUGGAAGGCAUGACGGAUAAAGACGGCAGAGGGCCAUGCCUUUGGGAUGCUUACGUUAAAGUGCCCGGACGCAUUGCGCAGAACGCUACUGCGGAUGUGACCGUCGAUCAGUACCACCGCUACAAGGAAGAUAUUGACAUUAUAGCGAAUUUCAAUUUUGAUGCAUACCGCUUCUCAAUUUCCUGGUCAAGGAUAUUUCCAGACGGAGUGGGAAGUGUGAAUUGGAAGGGAGUUGCUUACUACAAUAGGUUGAUUGACUACUUGGUUGCGGAAGGCGUUACACCAUACGCAACCCUUUAUCACUCUGAUUUUCCGCUAGCGCUUCAGAAAAAAUACAUUGGUUUUCUCAGUCCCAGAGUUGUAAAGGACUAUGCUGACUUCGCGGAGUUCUGCUUCAAGACAUUUGGUGAUAGAGUCAAGAACUGGUUUACGUUCAAUGAACCCAGACUAAUUGCUGCUUUUGGAUAUGACAGUGGCAGUGAUCCUCCUUCCCGGUGCACCAAAUGCAUCCACGGAGACUCGUCCACCGAGCCUUAUAUUGUCACCCACAAUGUGAUUCUUGCUCAUGCAACAGCUGUUAGAAGAUACAGGCGCAAAUAUCAAGAAAAGCAAGGAGGGAAAAUCGGAAUUGUCUUGGACUUUGGCUGGUACGAACCUCUUACCAGAUCAAAGGCCGACAACUAUGCAGCUCAGAGAGCAAGAGAUUUUCACAUUGGAUGGUUUCUAGAUCCUAUAACAUUUGGCCAAUAUCCAAAAACAAUGCAAGAAAUUGUUGGGAAAAGACUACCAAAAUUCAAUAAAAACCAGGUUGAGAUGGUGAAAGGUUCAAUAGAUUUUGUUGGCAUCAAUCACUAUACUACUACCUACAUAUACGACCCCCAUCAGCCGAAACCUAAUGUCACAGGGUACCAGCAGGACUGGAAUGUUGGUUUUUCAAAUGAACGCCAUGGUAUUCCAAUUGGUCCAAAGGCAAAUUCUUGGUGGCUAUCCAUUGUACCUUGGGGGAUGUACAAGUCAAUGACAUAUGUAAAGGAGCAUUACAGGAAUCCAACCAUAAUUGUGUCUGAAAACGGCAUGGAUGACCCUGGCAGUAUCACGCUUCCAGCAGGAUUGAAUGACCCCAAAAGAGUGAAGUACUACAAGGACUAUUUGACACAGCUGAAAAAAGCUAUUGAUGAUGGAGCAAAAGUAGUUGCCUACUUUGCAUGGUCAUUGCUCGACAACUUCGAGUGGUCAUCAGGAUAUACUUCGAGAUUUGGCAUUGUUUAUGUUGACUUCAAAAACAACCUCAAGAGGCAUCCCAAGAUGUCAGCUUACUGGUUUAAACAACUCCUUAUAAGGAAGAAGCAUUGAGAUUUGAGAAAGCAGGCGUUCGCUUUCUCUGAUCUUCUCCUAUUUCUCCUUGAAUUAAUUUUCUGUUUAUUGCACCAAAUCUGUUUGAACUACAUGUAGUUUUGUAAUGACAAGAUCCUAAUUUACAUACUUUUCUGUAAUGGUCGCUGUUGUACACUGUGAUUGGGAAAAAAAAUUUCUCUAUCCUCAAUUUUUGGCUAGGCUAUGAAUCUCUAAGUCAUCCUAGGAGGACUUGUUAUUAAAA